CUUUUCAAACCAAACAGCCCUCUGAAGCCCUGCUAAAUGGCCAAAGGUGACUGUUUCGUGUUUCUGGAUUUUGCCUUCAACCAAGUUCCUGCUGGGCGAGUGAUCAUCAAGUUGUUCCUUGAUGUGGCCCCAAAAACCGCAGAAAACUUUCGCUGCUUGUGCACUGGGGAGAAAGGCAUGGGCCAGCUGGGCAAGCUCCUCUACUACAAGGGCUCCCGAAUGCAUAGGGUGGUUCCCUUGUGCAUGGUGCAGGGCGGGGAUAUUGUGAACGGAGACGGAACGAGCGGAGACAGUAUUUAUGGCGAAUACUUUCCCUCAGAGGCGCGCGAAGUAGAGCACACAGAGCCUGGCAUGGUGGGACUAUCCAUCGACAGUUCUGGAAGAAAUUCCUCCCAAUUCUACAUCACCACGCAACCCUGCCCACACCUGGACGAUCAGAAUGUGGUCUGCGGCAAGGUAGUAAAGGGCUUGGACGUUAUCCAGGAUAUGUCGGAAAUCCCUCGCGAGAAUGACAUUCCGCAAGGGGACAUCGUGAUCUGUGACUGCGGAGAGCUGAAACCGGGCGAGCCCUGGUGUUUAGAGGAAAACGACGGGACGGCCGACGUUUACCCCCCAUGGCCCAACGAUUGGAACGGAUCUGUCGACGAACAUCUCCUGACUGGGGUCAUUCGAGAUAUCAAUGGCUCGGGCCACAUUUUCUACCACAAGCAGAGCUACCAGGACGCCGAGCGCAAGUACAAGAAGGUCUUGAGGUAUAUUGACUGGUUCAUCGAAAAGUCCUCCAAGAGAGCGGACAACUCCUUCAUGGAGUUUCGCUACAACGUGUUGCUGAACCUCUGCGCGGUGCGGCUGAAGCUGAAUAAAAACGCGGAGGUGAUACAGCAUAGCAGCGAGGUGAUUGCACACAACCCGGACAACGGCAAGGCCUUUUAUAGGAGGGCGUGCGCCAAGCUGGCGCUCAAAGAGUACGAUGGGGCGCUGCAGGACCUCAAAAUCGCCUACAAGUUGCACCCGAACGACCGCAGCAUUAGAAACACGUUCGAGGCCGCCAAAAGAAAGAGGCAGCUCUACUUGAAUAAGGAAAAGUUGUUUUAUUCGCGGGCGUUUAACAAUGUCCAUUAAGUUGUUGCUUUGUUAUGUUUUUAUUAUUUUGGAUAGCCAAUAAAUGGCUAGUUAUUGCAACUGGUUCACACGAAAA